AGUGAAUAUAUAGGCAUAUAUAGAUUUUGGUCGUUAGAAAUCAAACCUAAGUCGUUAGCAUUUGUUUUGUCUCUCUAAUAUUGUCGUAUUAUUAUUAUUAUAUAUAUAUUUUUCUGAAUAUAUAAUACUAUUAGGAUACUCGCAUGUACACUUUAGCCUCCCACCACUUUUGAACUUCGUAGAUUAUUAUUUGAAAAUUGAUGGCUGCUCGACCAGCAAAGCCUCGUGCCGGUGCUGAUCCCGAUUAUCUCAUAAAGCUUCUUUUGAUCGGAGAUAGUGGUGUUGGAAAGAGUUGCCUUCUUCUACGAUUCUCCGAUGGUUCUUUCACAACUAAUUUUAUUACAACCUUAGGCAUUGAUUAUAAAAAUAGAGCCAUUCAGCUGGAUGGAAAAAAGAUGAUGAUCCAAGUUUGGGAUACUGCAGGUCAGGAGCGGUUCCGAACAAUUACAAAUACUUACUAUCGCGGUGCUAUGGGAGUAUUGCUAGUCUACGAUGUUACUGACGAAUUUUCAUUUAACAAUAUCAAAAAUUGGAUGCAUAGCAUUGAGCAAUAUGCUUCCGACAAUGUCAACAAAAUACUGGUUGGGAACAAAGCUGACAUGAAUGAAAGGAAAAGGGCCGUGCCUACCUCUAAGGGCCAAGCACUAGCCGACGAGUAUGGAAUCAAAUUUUUCGAAACAAGUGCAAAGACAAAUUUAAAUGUGGACAAAGUUUUCUUCUCGAUUGUGAAAGAUAUAAAACGAAGGCUUGAUGACAUUGACUCGAAGACACCACCGAUAGGAAUUAGAAUCAACAGACAAAAUCAGGCAAACGGAGCGUGGAAUGCACAGAAGUUGGCGUGCUGUGGUUAAGGAGGCUACAUUGCUGUUCGAGAGUCGAGGAGAAGGAAGGAGAAAAAUACAUGUCUAUGUGAUUGUGUUUAACCUUGUCAUUAUUUCAUAAUUUCUUGCUUUUCAAGGAGUAUAUUAAUACAAAUGUAAAUGGCAAUGUGAUUGGGUCAUCAUAGCCCCAACGAUGUUUGCUUGAGACAUAAUUCACUAAUCAUUGAUUUUUUAAAGGGUUAAA